AUGUGUGUAAUUAUAUUUUUCUAGAUGCAAUAUCCAGUUUUAUUUUUAAAUAUCCAUCCUACAUGAUUAAACCAAAAUGUCUUAACAAUAUUAUAAGUCAUGAUAAUGAUAAUGAUAUAGUGUUAGAUAGACAACAAGAAGGAAAAUUAUUAAUAGAACAUCAUAUAUCUACAAACUUACAAUAUGUUGGAUUACAAGUAUGGCGAGGUGCAUUAUUAUUAGCUGAUUAUAUUUUAUCAAAUCCUAGUUUAUUCAAAGAUAAAAUAGUUUUAGAAUUAGGUGCUGGAGUUGGUUUAACUAGUAUAGUAACUAGUUUUUUAGCAGAAGAAGUAAUUUGCACAGAUAUUGAUGUCAAAGGAAUAUUGAAAUUAAUAUAUAGAAAUUUUAUACGAAACAAAAAUUAUAUUAAAGCUAAAAUUUAUAUUAAAGAAUUAGAUUUUUUAAAUUUAAAAUCAUUUACAUCUUAUAAGAAAAAAUUAGAUAAAGCAAAUGUUAUUUUAGCUGCAGAUGUAAUUUAUGAUAAAACUAUAACUGAAGGAUUUGUUCAAACAUUAAAUGAACUUUUAAAUUCAGAUAUAUCGAAAGUUAUUUAUAUUGCUUUAGAGAAAAGAUAUGUUUUUACUACAGCUGAUAUGAAAACUACUGCACCUAUGUAUGAAGAAUUUUUAGGAUUUAUUGAAGCAAAACAUUUUAAUUGGCAUAUUGAAUAUAUUAAAAUAGAUUUUCCACAAUAUUUUAAAUAUAAUAGAAUAAAACAGAUGGUUCUCAUGAAAAUAGAAAACAAGUUAAAUAAAUAAUGUAAUUUAAUAUAUAACAUAUAUAACAUAUUUACGGACAUAAGAAAAAUAUUAAACAGUAUUAAGUAACUAAUCAUAUAAUUGUAAAAAUCUUGGAUAAAUUUAGAAUGUUAUUAUAAAUUUUCACUACUAAUAAUUUUAUAAAUGAAAAUAAAGUUUUUAUAUUCUUAUUAAUUUUUUCAUUAAUUAUAGUAAAAGUAUAUGUAGCAUAAUUUAUUAUUUCAUAAAAAGAUAUAUUUUUCCGAAAUUACAUGAUUGUUUGUGCGUAUGUGUGUAUUUGUGUAUAUAGAAACAUGUACUACAAUUUUAUUCAAAAAAGCUACCCCUUAGAAGGAAAAUAAUUUUUAAUAUAAUGUUAUAAUAAUAUAAUUACCAUUAUAUAAUUAUUCUAAAAAAUAAAAGAAUAUAUUAGGUUGUCU